AUACACAUUUAGGGUGAGGUGAUGAGCAUAAAGAUACUAGGUGCCUACCAUAACGAUACCAGGUGCCUACUAUAACACGAUGUCGUCUGUGGUGUCUCAAUAUGUUACAAAAAUUAUCUGUGGAAAUCAAGGAUGUUUGGACUUCAAGCAGCUUGACCAGAUCGUUGGUCAAAAGUUCACUUGUGCAAAUGAGCUCCUACUUGGAAUACUUCGUGACAGCAGAAAAUAUGCCAUCAGUGAAGGCAAAGAAAAGGCUUCGGGUUGUAUUAUGAGCCAGGACAGUGUUAUUGUUGCUAAGACUUCACUACGAGUCUGUCAAACCUCUCAUAAAGAGUGUCAUCAGUGCGAUAAUUUACACAUAUGCAGCCACUUUGUAUGCGGUAACUGCAAGUACGGGAACAAGUGUAAAAAGGCCCACAGUCUAGAUUGCCCACACAACGCAGCUAUUAUAAGUGAGGUGGGUCACCAUGACCUGGGGGAGGCAGAGCUGUUCCAACUUCUGCUGCAAAACGACCCCUACCUGAUGCCUGAGAUCUGCUCCCAUUACAACAAGCGCGUUGGUGAGCAUGGCAUCUGCAAGUUUAAAAGCAGCUGCACAAAACUCCACCUCUGCCUGCACUUCCUCCAGGGUGACUGUAGGUUUGGUGCUGGUUGUAAGAGGGCCCACACGUUUGAUGCCCCUGCAAUGAAGAUUCUAAACAGCAGAGGAUUCAGCCAAGAGAACAUCAAGAUCCUCCACAAUAUCUACAAGAAUAAAUUCAUCAUAACUCACCAAGAAAAUCCAGCUGUCAUGAUGCCAGUUGAGAAACAUCAGCCCUCCUCCAGCUCCACCAGUGAGACUGACAUGAAUGAAAUCUGCCUCUUCUUCAUCCGCAGUCGCUGCAGCUUCAAAGACACAUGUGUCCGUGUCCACUACCAUCUGCCUUACAAAUGGCAGAUCUUAGAUGGAGUGACUUGGAGAGACCUGGACAAUGUAGAGGAGAUUGAGAAGGCCUACUGUAACCCACAAAAUGACACAAGUGGAGGAAGUAAGCCUGUGAACUUCCUCACCAUGACAUGUGGAAGCCCUCCAGUUCGUCGUCUGUCCACUGUUUCAUCCGUCACCAAACCCCCUAACUUCAUCCUCACAACAGAAUGGCUGUGGUACUGGAGAAAUGACUGUGGCCAGUGGAUAGAGUAUGGCCAUGAGGGUGGUGAGGUGAAUGUGACCUCUGCCAUUUCCCAGACCCUGGAGAAUGCUUACCAAACUGACUCUGACAGCGAGAUUACAUUUGAAUGUGGAGAUCAGAAGUACAUUCUCAGUCUCAAAGAGAUGCAUCAGCAGAAUAUUAGAUUUAAAACCAAAAGAGCAAUUUGUAGAAGGCCCUGUUUUCUCUCUAAGGAAGAUGUGAAUGCCAAGCUGAAGAGUGAGUCUAAGGAGAGCUCCAGCUCCUCUGUGACUGUCCCUCCACACUGGGACAAAGGAGCCUUGUCUGACACCACAGACUACAAGCUGGUUCCACUCUCAAGCCAGAUAGAAGAGUACCAAAAGUUGGAGAAGCUAUUCAAAAAUACCAUGGCCAGCAGCACCAUCCACAGCAUCAAACGGAUCCAGAACCCCUCACUCUGGAGGGUCUUCCAGUGGCAGAAGGAACAGAUGAUGAAGAAGAAUGGCGGGAAACUGGUUGAUGAGAGAGAAUUGUUCCACGGCACAGAUCACUCUAUCAUAGAUGUCAUCUGUGAACAGAACUUUGACUGGAGGACCUGCGGUGUGAAUGGAACACUUUAUGGCCUAGGGAGCUACUUUGCUAGAGAUGCCUCAUACUCUAACGGGUACAUAAGAUCUCAGAGCAGCAGUAAGAAGAUUAUGUUUGUGGUUCUGGUCUUGGUUGGAGAGUUCACCAAUGGGUGUCGAACAUACCGUCGUCCACCUCAGAAAAGCACCAGCAAGGCCCUCUACGACAGCUGUGUCGACUCAGAAAAAAACCCAUCAAUUUUUGUUGUGUUUGAGAAACAGCAGAUUUAUCCUGAAUACCUAAUUGAGUACUCCUAAAAUCCACAGGGGUCCAUACCAAUGUCUUCCACUGAAGACAACUGAUAUUUUGUGACUUGCUAACAGUCCUCACAUGCUCUACCUACUGUAUUUCUGUAUUGAAAUGGGGCUAGUGAUUUAUUGAAUUGGGGCUAGUUUUGGGGUAUUUUUUUGUUAUUAUUUUGGGCUCUUUUAAUCCAUUUCGCCAGUUCAGUGCUAUAGCAUGAUUGAAAUUUAAAGUCAAUGUUCCCACGCUCACAGUCGCUUUGUCACGCCCUGGUCUUAGUAUUUUGUGUUUCCUUUAUUAUUUUGGUCAGGCCAGGGUGUGACAUGGGUUUAUUAUGUGGUGUGUUUUGUCUUGGGUUUUUGUAGGUAUUGGAAUUGUGAAUUAGUAGGGUUAUCUAGAAAAGCCUAUGGUUGCCUGAAGUGGUUCUCAAUCAGAGGCAGGUGUUUAUCGUUGUCUCUGAUUGGGAACCAUAUUUAGGCAGCCAUAUUCUUUGAGUGUUUGGUGGGUGAUUGUUCCUGUCUCUGUGUUAGUUUGCACCAGAUUAGGCUGUUUAGGUUUUCGUGUUACGUUUCUUGUUUUUGUACUGUUCGUCUUCUUAUUCAUUUAAACAUGAAUCUAAAUAACCACGCUGCGUUUUGGUCCGAUCCCUGCUACACCUCCUCGUUAGAAGAAAACCGUAACACGCUUCACGCUCUUUUUAUGUAUUAUUUCUUACAUUGUUAGCCCAGAAUCUUAAGUGUUAUUACAUACAGCCGGGAAGAACUAUUGGAUAUAAGAGCGACGUCAACUUGCCAACAUUACAAUCAGGAAUACGACUUUCCCGAAGUGGAUCCUUUGUUCGCACCACCACCUAGGGCAUUUGAUCUGAUCCCAGAGACCGACCCAAAAUAACGUUGCAGCAGAAGAGGUAGACUGAGCGGCCUCCUGGUCAGACGUUGGAGGCUUGCACACCACCCACCGCUUCCGAGUAUUUUACUCGCCAAUGUCCACUCUCUAGAUAACAAGGUAGACAAAAUUAGGGCAAAGGUUGCUUUCCAGAGCGACAUCAUGGAUUGUAACAUACUGUUCCACGGAAACAUGGCUCUCUCGGGAUAUGUUGGAGUCAGUACAGCCACCGGGAUUCUUUAUGCGUUGUGCCGACAGAAAUAAACAUCUCUCAGGGAAGAAGGGCGGGGUGUAUGUUUCAUGAUGUAAUCGUAACAACAUACAGGAACUCAAGUCCUUUUGUUCACCUGACCUAGAAUUCCUCACAAUCAAAUUCUGGCCAUCUUAUCUCCCAAGAGAAUUCUCGUCAGUUAUUGUCACAGUCGUGUAUAUCCUCCCUCAAGCUGAUACCACAACGGCCCUCGAGGAACUUCACUGGACUAUAUGCAAUCUUAAAACCAUAUAUCCUGAGGCUGCAUUUAUUGUAGCUGGGGAUUUUAACAAAGCAAAUGAGAACAAGGCUACCUAAAUUCUAUCAGCAUAUUGAUUGUAGCACUCGUGCGGGCAAUACACUUGGUCACUGCUACUCUAACUUCCGCAAUGCAUACAAGGCCCUCCCUUCGGCAAAUCUGAACAUGACUCCAUUGUGCUCCUCCCGUCCUAUAGGCAGAAACUCAAACAAGAUGUACCCGUGAUGAGAACUAUUCAACCUUGGUCUGACCACUCAGGAAUCCACGCUUCAAGAUUGUUUUGAUCACGUUGACUGGGUAAUGUUUGGUGCAGCCUCAGAAUAAUAUCUAUUUAUUAUUUAUUAUUAUUAUGAGUGAGUUUAUAAGGAAGUACAGUUGUACCCACUGUGACUAUUAAAACCUACCCUACCAGAAACCGUGGAUAGAUGGUGGCAUUUGCGUAAAACUAACAUCACAGUUAACCAUGAAAAGAUGACUGGGAAUGUGGCAGAUUACAAACAGUGUAGUUAUUUCCUCCGCAAGGUAAUCAAACAAGCGAAAUGUCGGUAUAGGGACAAGUCGCAAUUCAAUGGCUCAGACACGAGAUGUAUGUAACAGGGUCUACAGGCAAUCGCGGACUACAAAAAGAAAACCAGUCACGUCAUGGACACCGUCUUGCUCCCAAACAAACUAAACACCUUUGCCCGCUUUGAGGAUGAUACCAUGCCACCGACGCGGCCCUCUACCAAGGACUGCACCCUCUCCUUCGCCGUGGCUGAUGUGAGUAAGACAUUUAAACGUGUUAACCCUUGCAAGGCUGCCAGCCCAGACGGCAUCCCUAGCCGCGUCCUCAGGGCAUGCGGAAACCAGCUUGCUGAUAUGUUUACGGACAUAUUCAAUCUCUCCCUAUACCAGUCUGCUGUCCCCACAUGUUUCAAGAUGGCCACCAUUGUUCCUGUACCCAGAAGGCUCAGCCCCCUCCUGUACUUCCUGUUCACCCAUGACUGCUCGCCUCCAACUCAAUCAAGUUUGCAGACGACACGACAGUAGUGGGCUUGAUUACCAACAAAUACGAGACAGCCUACAGGGAGGAGGUGAGGGCACUUGGAGUGUGGUGUCAGUAAAGCAACCUCUCACUCAAUGUCAACAUAACAAAGUAGAUGAUCAUGGAUUUCAGGAGACAGCAGAGGGAGCACCCCCUAUCCACAUCAACGGGACAGCAGUGUAGAAAGUGGAACAUUUUAAGUUCCUCUGCGUACUCAUCACUGACAAACUGAAAUGGUCCACCCACACAGACAGUGUGGUGAAGAAGGCGCAACAGCGCCUCUUCAACUUCAGGAGGCUGAAUAAAUUUGGCUUGUCACCUAAGACCCUCACAAACUUUUACAGAUGCACAAUUGAGAGCAUCCUGUUGGGCUGUAUCAACACCACCUUGUAUGGCAACUGCACCGCCCACAAUCGCAGGGCUCUCCAGAGGGUGGUGCGGUCUGCACAACGCAUCACUGGGGGCAAACUACCUGCCCUCCAGGAUACCUAUAGCACCCGAUGUCACAGGAAGGCCAAAAAGACCAUCGACAACAAUCACCUGUGCCACUGCCUGUUCACCCCACUACCAUCCAGAAGGCAAGGUCAGUAUAGGUGCAUCAAUGCUGGGCCAUCAGACUGUUAAACAGCCAUCAUUAACACAGGCUGCUGCCUACAUACAGACUUGAAAUCAUUGGCCUCUUUAAUAAAUGGAUCACUAGUCAUUAAUAAUGCCACUUUAAUGUUUACAUAUCUUGCAUUACUCAUGUGUAUAUACUGUAUUUUAUACCAUCUGUUGCAUCUUGCCUAUGCCGCUCGGUCAUCGCUCAUCCAUAUAUUUCUAUGUGUAUAUAUUCUUAUUCCAUCCCUUUAGAUUUGUGUGUAUUAGGUAGUUGUGGAAUUGUUAGAUAUUACUGCACUGUCGAACCUAGAAGCACAAGCAUUUCGCUACACUCGCAAUAACAUCUGCUAACCAUGUGUAUGUGAUCAAUAAAAUUUGAUUUGCAUUCACAGUAAAUGCUGCAUAUGCCGGCUUAAUCGGAAAUGACCUUUUACAUUUAAAUCACCCUAUAGCGCUGAACUUCGGCGAUUGGAAUUGAUCCAGCCCUAAGAUGUUUUACUUUCCUUUUCAGUAAGUCAUGCAUAACAUGGCACAACGGUUGCAGAGGAUCGAGCUCUUUUUAUAUAUUUCAUUUUUUAAAGUCGUGUGGCAGUCCCACUCCUUACAUAUUUUAUUGGUUGAUGGUACAAUUGCGAGAACACAGGAAAUGAAAGAGAGAGAGAGAUGUGAGUCAGAAGGGCACUGGGUCAGAUUUGAACCCAUGCCCACACAGUAUAUGUGUGCCAGGGUCUACACCCCUGUAACCGCUAGAGCACGGGUAGGUUUUUAUUUGAUUUAAUGGUCAUCGGGUCUUCGACAUUUAUGUACACAUGGAAAUUCUUACAUCAGAGACAUCAUUGUAUAUUUGAUAUCUUAGGUAGGUGAAAGCUACAACUUAUUCCUUGUGGAUAUGUUUUUAAAAUGUUGUACAGUGUCAAACUUAAACGUGUAGUAAUGUGAAAUAUCAACUUCUUAAGCUGAGCACUGAAUACCUCUUGUUACAGUCCUGUUAUGCUCUUUUCUUAUGUACACUAUCAACUUAAUAUUUAUCUUUACAAUGAUCUAAAUUGUUACACUGCAAUAAAAUGUCUCUUUUA